AUGUUCAAGCCUUCAUAUCUUCGUUCUACCUCCAGAACCAUCUCCGGAGUUUCAUCGUUACUCAAUCGAUCCACUCCUGUCCAGCGCACCGCUUUCCGACCCUUUUCUUCCACACCUAUCCCGCGCUUCACGCCUUCUUCUCUCAAAAUGGGUGUCACUGCUAUCAAGUCCGAGGCUGAGUACAAGGAAAAGGUCACUUCGGCCACCGGCCCGGUCAUCGUUGACUUCUUUGCCACUUGGUGCGGUCCCUGCAAGGCCGUCUCCCCUCUCCUCGAGAAGCUCAGUGAGGAGCACACCGGCGUCCAGUUCUACAAGGUCGAUGUCGACGAACUCGCCCAGGUCGCUGCUGAGAACGGUGUCUCUGCUAUGCCUACCUUCCACUUCUACAAGGGUGGUGAGCGCAAGCAGGAGGUCAAGGGUGCUAACCCCCCUGCCAUCCAGGCUGGUCUCAAGGCUAUCCUUUAG